AUUAGACCGUUCUCUUCCCAAUGGGAGUAAAUCCCAUCACAGUGGGAGAUAUCAAUUAAGGUACAUGAAAAGUAAUGUUUUUGUUAAUAAUCCUGGACACAAUGUUUCUAUUUCUUUGUUUUUUACCAGAGCAAAUACAUAAAAAUGAAAUUGUUGACAUUCGUCUCCGAUCAUCUUGGAUAAACAAAACAUUGGACGUGAUUCAAAAAAAUUAUUGUGACGGAGUUCAUUUGAGAUUUGGUUCUGUCCAUGACACUUCAUUUAUUAUCGACCUGCCCCUCCUAUUUGAAGAGAUCAAAACCAGGUUUACACAAAGAAUACCAGGAUCUCAGAUCUCAUUUUACGCUCCUUGGAAUUGUAAAACCGGUAAUACAAUUUGCUCUGCCAUUGUCUCGGCUUCCAAAUAUGCCGAUCAUGUACAUGUGACCUCGUUUAACGUGCAGAAGCAUAUGUUGCUGGGUUGCUUUGCAAAGGCAAAUGCUCCCUAUCACCAGACCCUGACAGGAAUCUCCCAUUAUAUCGACAAGGGCGUUAAUUCCAGGAAGAUAAUAUUGACCCUUCCAUGGUUCGGUUAUGAUUAUACUUGCAAUCGCUUUAUUGAGGCAGGUGGAUGUGAAAUAAGUGCGCCCUGCGGUAGUAUCAACGCACCCAGGAUGCCCUACCACAAUAUCAUGAACCUUUUGCCCAAGUCAAUGUCCGGUAGGAUUUGGGAUGACGACUAUAAAGCCCCAUUUUUUGUCUACAAGAAAGAUAAGGUGUUCCACGAGGUGUGGUACGAUGAUCCAGAGAGCAUUUCAUGGAAGACGACUUUCUUGAAGAAGUUCAAGCUGGGAGGCAUUGGCAUUUGGAAGGUAGAUUUUGCCAACUAUAGUUCUGAUCCCAUUACUGCGAUGAAAACUGAAGAGAUGUGGAACGCUCUCUGCCCUCCCUGAGAGAAACGCCAAGCUUACGGUCAUUUUAUUGUUAUAAAUGUGACCAUUACACUUUGCAAUUAAACCUGGCUUUGAGUGAGCUAACACUGAACACACACACAAUUAAAAUAUUCAUGCAGAUCUGGGGAUUAGUGCUUUGUCUAAAGACGGAAUUAUUAUCCAUUGAAUAAAAACAAUACAACUCAUCCCUUCCCACACAAACCAUUACCUCCCAAGGAACCUUCCCCUGCAGCUACAGGAGAUGCAACACCUGGCGCUAUACCUCCUCCCUCGACUCUGUCCAGGGACCCUCCUUUCAGGUUAGGCAAAGAUUCACUUGCACCUCCUCUGACCUCAUCCACUGUAUCCGUUGUUCCAGAUGUGGACUCUUAUACAUUGACGAGACCAAACGUAACUGGGCGAUCGUUUCGCUGAACACCUUCGCUCAGUCUGCCUGAAGCUACCUGAUCUCCCGUUUGCUGGACACUUUAAUUCUGCUUUCGAUUCCUACACAGACCUUUUUGUCCUAGGUCUCCACAAUCAGUACACCUUUCCUGCCUUUUCUCCAUAUCCCUUAGCUCCACGACCUGUUAGCAAUGACCUGUUUCUUUUAUCACCCAUUCCUUCUCUCCAGAGAUGCUGCCUGUCCCGCUGAGUUACUCCAGCUUUUUGUGUCUAUCUUCUAUAUAAUUUUAGUUUAGUUUAAUAUUGCCAUGUGUAUGGAGGGACAGUGAAAAGCUUUUUGUUUCAUGCUAUCCAGUCAGUGAAAAGACUACAUAUGAUUACAAUCAAGGUCAAGGAUAGUAUGGUGCAAC